AUGGCCGCUGCCCGCGCCGCCCUCCGCCUGCAGCGCCAGAGCCUCGCCGCCAACCCCUUUCUCUUCUUCGGCCAUGGCCUCCGCUAUCGCAAGCUCGAGGUCAUCCUCACUAUGACGAUUGAUAAGCUGGGGAAAGCAGGGGAGGUGGUCAAGGUUGCACCUGGCCACUUCCGCAACCACCUUAUGCCCAAGAUGCUCGCUGUCCCAAACCUGGACAAAUUCGCCAUACUCAUCCGAGAGCAGCGCAAUCUCUACCAACGUGAAGAGGAGGUGGUGGUGAAACAAGUCACAAAGGAAGAUGAUGAUGCCCAGCUACAGGAAGAAAUACUGAAGCAGUACCAAACAGCAGCAAAGCGGCUAGAUAAUGCACUCUUGUUUAGUCUGCUACCACUAAAAAGUGGAAAGUUUACUUCACUAUUUGUUCAUGUGGCAAGGCAACUCAACAUCACCAUCCAUCCAGAGAAUCUACACCUGCAGUCACCUUUAGCGUCGCUUGGUGAAUUUGAGUUGCCCCUCCGGUUACCUCUGGACAUACCACGCCCAGAAGGUAAGCUCCAAUGGACUCUGAAGGUUAAGAUCAGGAGAAAAUAA